AUGGAAGAGGAACUAGAGGAGUUCGUGAGAAACGAUGUAUGGGAGUUAGUGCCACUACCUGAUGGUGUGAAUGUGGUCGGUACAAAGUGGAUCUUCAAGAACAAGACAGAUGAUGCUGGAAGCAUUGUACGAAACAAGUCAAGACUUGUUGCGCAAGGUUACUCACAAGUUGAAGGAGUCGACUUUGAUGAAACCUUUGCCCCUGUAGCACGUCUUGAGUCUAUCAGACUGUUUCUAGGGAUGGCAUGCAUAUUGAACUUCAAGGUGUAUCAGAUGGAUGUGAAGAGUGCUUUCUUGAAUGGCAUUCUACAAGAGGAAGCUCCAAGAGCUUGGUAUGAGCACCUGACGAAGUUUCUGAUUGACACAGGCUACGUCAGAGGAACUGUGGACAAAACCUUGUUCACACUUGAGAAGAAGAAUGAGAUGAUGAUGGUGCAGAUCUAUGUAGAUGAUAUCAUCUUUGGAGGAACUUCAGAGAAGCUGGUGGAAAACUUUGUGAAGAGUAUGACUAAGGAGUUCAAGAUGAGCAUGGUGGGAGAAUUGAAGUACUUUCUUGGACUUCAAGUGAAUCAGACUGAGAAAGGAAUUUUUAUUUCUCAAAGCACCUAUGCCAAGAAUCUACUGGUGAAGUUUGGUCUUGACAAAUGCAAGGAGGCAAGAACACCAAUGAGCACCACGACAAAGAUUGGAAAGGAUGAACAAGGAGAAGACGUUGAUGUGAAGCUUACAGAGGAAUGA